ACCCUGCAGGGCUGCCGCGACGCGGAGGGUGCGCAGCACCGCGGUGGCCGUGGCCGCGUGGGCAGGUGCACGGCGUACGCGCCGGGGUGGGGCUUGUCCCCCGGACCAGAGGUCACCAGGCCUGCGGCCGCAGCGGAGGCUACUACCCGGGCGCUCGCCUGCCAGCGGCGGGAGUGAGGACGGAGGGGCCGAGCUGGUGGCGGACAGCCGCGGACACGGAAAAGUAGGCGUCCCCAGCCUCGGCCUUCGUCUGACCCCCUUCCGGGUGAGACUGCCGCUUUCCGUCUCUUCGCUGCCCGCGCGAUGUCCCUUUAAGAGUUUUGGCGGAACGAAAAGGACUCGCCAGCCUUCCGGGUCGCCGCUGCCGGGAAGGGCCGCGCGGAGUCGGGCCCGACCGCGUCUCCCUCCCUGCCCGCCCUGUCUGCGGGGGACGGCCGCGGGCGCCUCUUGCGCGACGAUCCCCUGCCCGGCCCGGGCGCUGGAGUCCGAGUCCCGCGGCCUUGCGGGGUCCGCGCCCGGCGGCGGAUGGGCGGCCGGGGCCUCAGGGCUGGCUGCUGGCGGGAUGGGCAUCCUGGAGGAGGAGGCUGGGCCCAAUGGGAGCACAGCGCUGCCUCCGCCCCUGGCGCCCAACAUCAGCGUGCCGCACGGCUGUCUGCUGCUGCUCUAUGAGGACAUCGGCACCUCGAGGGUCCGGUACUGGGACCUUCUGCUGCUCAUCCCCAAUGUGCUCUUCUUCAUCUUCCUGCUCUGGAAGCUUCCGUUUGCCCGGGCCAAGAUUCGAGUCACCUCUAGCCCCAUCUUCAUCACCUUCUAUAUCCUGGUGUUCGUGGUGGCGCUGGUGGGCAUUGCCCGGGCCGUGGUGUCCAUGACGGUCAGCACCUCGGAUGCUGCGACCGUUGCUGAUAAGAUCCUGUGGGAGAUUACCCGCUUCUUCCUGUUGGCCAUCGAGCUGAGCGUGGUCAUCCUGGGCCUUGCCUUUGGUCACCUGGAGAGCAAGUCGAGCAUCAAGCGGGUGCUGGCCAUCACCACGGUGCUGUCGCUGGCCUACUCAGUCACCCAGGGCACACUGGAGAUCCUGUACCCCGACGCCCACCUCUCGGCCGAGGACUUCAACAUUUACGGGCACGGCGGCCGCCAGUUCUGGCUGGUCAGCUCCUGCUUCUUCUUCCUGGUCUACUCUCUGGUGGUCGUGCUCCCCAAGACCCCGCUGAAGGAGCGCAUCUCCCUGCCCUCGCGGAGGAGCUUCUACGUGUACGCGGGCAUCCUGGCGCUGCUCAACCUGCUGCAGGGGCUGGGCAGCGCGCUGCUGUGCGCCGACGUCAUCGAGGGGCUCUGCUGCGUGGACGCCACCACCUUCCUCUACUUCAGCUUCUUCGCGCCCCUCAUCUACGUGGCCUUCCUGCGGGGUUUCUUCGGCUCAGAGCCCAAGAUCCUCUUCUCCUACAAAUGCCAAGUGGAUGAGACUGAGGAACCAGACAUGCACCUGCCCCAGCCCUACGCUGUGGCCCGGCGGGAGGGCCUGGAGACGGCGGGGGCUGCCAGCACGCAGUUCGACUCGGCCAGUGGGGUGGCCUACCUGGACGACGUGGCUUCCAUGCCCUGCCAUGCUGGCAGCAUCAACAGCACGGACAGCGAGCGCUGGAAGGCUAUCAAUGCCUAGUGUGGCUGCCCCGGCCUGAGGGUCUACUGGGGCCAGCGGAGGACGGGCUGGUGGGGGGCCCAGGAGCGCUGAGCGCCCGGCAGAGGAGGACGAGGGGAUAGGACCGAGUGUGGGCGGGAGCCCUGUGUGGGCCUGUCCUGCCCUCGGCCACCCCUGCUCCAGCUGGGGGCCGCCUCCCCCUCCCACUGGCCCUUGCCCUGCUAGGUGACUUGGCCCAGACUCUGAUGUCCCAGGGCUGGGUCUGGCUCUAUUGGCCGAGGGCCCCUCUCUGCAGCCUGGGCCCCAAGGACUGGUCUGGCCCGCCCCCUCCCCAAAGCCCACUGCCGGGUGGGCUGAAGUGUGUAUAUUUUCUUGAUCUAUUUUCUAAUAAAAAGGAAAAGGAGCAGAA